AUGGUAUAUGGCGAAUCUCUCCGCCUACCCGGUGAGAUGUUAGUCUCGGCGCCGGACGAAAGCAGACUCGACGAUCCCGCUGAUUUCGUCGUCCAGCUGCGACGCAAAAUGUCGUCUAUUCGCCCAGCUCCAGUUUCUCGCCACUCGACUCGUCCCAUCUUUAUCUCUAAAAAUUUGCCUACAGCAACACACGUGUUCCUACGUGACGACACCGUACGACGCCCAUUGCAACCUCCUUAUACAGGUCCUUUUGCCGUAGUGAGGCGUUCCACGGACGGGAAAACCCUGACCCUGGACAUUAAGAACAAAGAGGUUGUAGUGAGCGUCGAUCGUGUCAAACCAGCUUUCGUGGACUCAGAUGAGACCCAUAGUUCUGGUACACCUGCUCCAGCGGCUCUGCAGCCUCAGGACGUACCUCAGGCGCAGCCGGCUGAGCCCGCUCCUCCUAUUACUAUACCUGCGGAUACCACAAGCAAUUCACGACCUUACACCACACGGUCAGGUCGUAACGUUAGGUUUAAGGACAGCGACGAAUACUGUUAUUUUUAAAUUGUAAUUUUACUAAUGUCAUUGUUUGUUAUCUUUCUCCGUGGGGGGGUGGUGUGGCGUGUUAACACCUAGCUUAAACAGCUUACCUAAGCCUGGCAACACCACCCCCUACACGCC